AUGGAAAGAUAUUUCAAAAGAAAGUUGCCCGAAAUCAUAGAUGACACUAAUAAUUUGAGGGAAGAAGCCAUAAGAGCAAAUGUUAAUAUUGUUGAGCCAAGUCCUGUAAUGCCUAAAAAAAUUGACUUGAAAGACCUUCCGUGGGAUCCCUCUGAAAGAAAAAGAAUUAUAGAAUAUCAUCCGGAUCAAAGAGAUGAAAUAAGGAGAGCAUAUUUGAUUAAAGGACCUUGUCAACCACUUGGGCAUGAAUUUCCAAAAACGAAAAUUGGAAAUAAAGAUAGGCGUUUUAAUCCCGAGUGGUAUGAAAAUGAAAAAUAUAAGAAUUGGUUGGAGUAUAGUGUAAAAGCCGAUAAAGCUUAUUGUUUGUGUUGUUACUUAUUCAGAGACCAUUUUGGAAGACAGGGUGGGAGUGAUGCAUUUGUAGUAGAUGGAUUUUGUGGUUGGAAUAAAACGGAGAGACUUGGAAGUCAUAUCGGGGAAGUUAAUAGUUUUCAUAACAGAGCCUUUAAAAAAUGUGAUGAUCUUCUAACACAAAAACAGUCCAUUGCCGUUGCUUUUCAUAAGCAAAGUGAUAUUGUCAAGAAUGAACAUCGAAUUCGUUUGAAUGCUUCCAUUGAUGUUUCCAGAUUUUUGCUAAAUAGCGCAUUACCUUUUCGUGGUCAUGAUGAGUCUGAAAAGUCACUACAUAGAGGAAAUUUCUUGGAAAUGAUAAAAUAUACUCAAGAUCAAAAUGAGAGAGUUCGUAAAGUUACACUGAAAAAUGCUCCCGGGAAUAAUCAAAUGGUGUCUCCGAAAAUUCAAAAAGAUAUUUGUCAUUGUUUUGCACAAGAGAUUCUCAAAUCCAUUAUGAAAGAAAUUGGUGAUGAUGUGUUUGCUUUGUUAGUUGAUGAGUCUAGUGAUAUUUCUAGAAAGGAACAAAUGGCUGUGGUUUUACGAUAUGUUGAUGACACGUUAGGAAUUGUGAAGGAGAGAUUUGUGGGUCUUGUUCAUGUGAAAGAGACAUCUUCUUUAACUCUUAAAUCUGCUAUUGAUAGUUUAUUUGCUGAGUUUGGUUUGAGCUUAAGACAGGUGAGAGGGCAGGGUUAUGAUGGUGCAAGUAACAUGCGUGGUCAGUUUAAUGGGUUGAAAACAUUAAUCAUGAGAGAAAACAGCUCGGCAUAUUAUGUACAUUGUUUUGCUCACCAGCUUCAGUUGGUUGUUGUGGCGGUUGCGAAAAAACAUUUUGCUGUUGGUGACUUUUUUGAUAUGAUAGCGGUCUUGAUGAAUGUGGUUGGUGGUUCUUGCAAAAGGACUGAUAUGCUUCGAGAUAGUCAAAAAGAGAGGUUGUUAAAGGAGAUGGGUCGUGGUGAACUUGAAACAGGAAGUGGGUUGAAUCAAGAACUUUCCCUUGCCAGAGCCGGAGAUACACGUUGGAGUUCACAUUAUAAAACACUUCUGCGUUUGGUUGAUUUGUAUCCAAGUGUGAUUGAGGUGCUUAAAUAUAUUGAAAAAGAGGGAGAAAAAGAUGUGCAACAACGUCAAGCAAGUGGUCUUCAAAUAUAUUUCACAUCAUUUGAGUUUGUAUUCUAUUUGCAUUUGAUGUUGUAUAUUUUGGGGCUCACAGAUAUAUUAUCACAGGCAUUGCAAAGAAAAGAUCAAGAUAUAUUGAAUGCUAUAUCAUUAGUGGAGUCAACUAAGCGACAAUUACAAAAUUUCAGAGUUGAUGGGUGGGAUUCUCAUUUGAAGAAGGUAUUUUAUUUUUGUGAGAAGUAUGACAUUGAAAAGUUGGAUAUGACCGAGCCUUAUGUUAAUCCAAAAAAUCGACGGAGAAAAACUGGAAUCACCAAUGAGCAUUAUUAUUCUUUUGAUUGUUUCAAUGUUGUUGUGGAUAUGCAAAUUGCAGAGUUUAACGACCGUUUUAAUGAGGUAAACUCUGAAUUGCUCAUUUGUAUGGCUUCUUUGAAUCCACGUGAUUCAUUUGGUGAUUUUGAUCCAUUGAAGUUGAUGAAGUUAACUGAGUUUUAUCCAAAUGAUUUUAGUCCUACUGACACGAUUGCUCUUGAGCAUGAAUUGAUGAUUUAUAUUGAUAAUGUGAAAGCAGAUGGAAGAUUUUCCAACUUGAAUGGUAUUAGUGAUCUUGCUAGAGUAAUGGUUGAAACGAAAAAAAAUCAUUGUUAUUCUUUGGUGUAUCGGCUAGUGAAGCUAUCAUUGGUUUUGCCAGUUGCAACCGCGACAGUUGAGAGAUGUUUCUCUUCAAUGAAGCUUGUGAAGUCAGAUUUGCGCAAUCGAAUUGGUGAUGAAUUUCUAAACGAUUGUCUUAUUUCAGCCAUAGAAAAGGAAGCUCUUGCUAGAGUAACAAAUGAAGAUGUAAUAGAUCGAUUUCAAAAAAUGAAAACUCGAAGGGAGCAAAUUUAA